AUGCCAUACUCACAUCACAGCCACUCUGGCCAGUUUUGUAGCCAUGCAAAGGAUACGCUCGAAGAAGUCAUCCAGGCAGCCAUAGCCAAAGGCUUCCAUACCUUUGCGCUAACAGAACACAUACCCCGGCCAAUCGAAGACUUUUACCCCGGAGAAGCUGAGUCGUACACGGUUGAGAGCCUUGCCAAGCUAUUCGACGACUUCAUUGUCGAGGCCAACCGGCUGAGAGAGAAGUACUCGAGCCAGAUACAGAUUCUGAUUGGCUUCGAGUCUGAAUGGAUUCGUCCGUCGACCCUGGAGGUGAUUCGGAGCGUCCGCGAAAAAUAUCCGUUUGACUUUUUCAUGGGCUCUGUCCACCAUGUUCAUACGAUAGCCAUUGACUACGACCGCAAGACGUACGAGCAGGCGAGGGACAAGGCGGGCGGGACAGACGAGAGGCUGUUUGAGGAUUAUUUCGAUUCUCAAUUGGAGAUGCUGCAGGCGCUGCGGCCGCCAGUGGUUGGGCACCUGGACCUCAUCCGUCUGCUGAGCGAUCAUCGCGACGAUGGGUUCAAAGGCAUGGCUGGUGUUUGGCAGAAGAUUGAGCGCAACCUGGAAUUCAUUGCUUCAUAUGGCGGUCUGCUCGAAGUCAACUCUGCCGGGUUGCGCAAAGGUCUGGCCGAGCCGUAUCCGAGCUUGCCAAUAUGUCAGAUGUUCCUUCGGAUGCGAGGCGGGUUCGUCAUGUCGGACGACAGCCAUGGAAUCGAGCAUGUUGGCACAAACUAUGCGCGGCUCCUUGCCUUCAUCCAGACUGUAGGGACCGACCGCAUACACUACGUCGAGCGGGCCGAGCAGGGCAAAGGCACUCGGUUUGCCAGCAUCGCUCUGACCGACCUGGUGCAGUUGCCGUUUUGGGAGAAAGCAAAGUGA